AUGUCGACAUUACAGCUAACCGGCCAGCACCACAACAAUCCCUGGCUUCAUACCCAAGGCACCAAAGGCCCGUUACCAACACCAGCCAGAGCUUUAGCUUUCACCACUACUCUCUUGACGGAUCAGGUGAAACUCCAGGAGACCACCAAUCAACCUCGGCAUCCCGGAUCCACUCGACAGCGCAGUCCUGAGAACGAAUCAUCCCAACACGCGUCACAGCCACCCCAAAUACCUCGAACUCCAGCAAUAAGGCCACUACGACAAUCAAUCCCAGGAUGGCAACUCUCAGACCCUAUUGCCAUACCACCAAGACGACCUAGCGACGGAAGUUCUUCCCAGCCUCCUGUGUUCCCCUUCUUCUCCGACAGCUCCUGGGACGACUAUGUAUCAGACGAUACUGUUGCCAAUUACCGCACUAUCGGGGCUCAGUAUCAAGCAUGGAUAGCAGGCCCGACCACAACAUCAUGUCCAAUCGAACGAUCAAGAGUGACCUGGGCAGACUUAAUCCACAACCCACUGGAAGAACACAGCUUCGAGGUGUAUCUCAACGACUUUCGAUCAACACCCGAGGAAGUGGGCAACAUCACCUCAAUCGGGCUUUCGACAGGGAAUAAUUGGCGGUAUGUUGUUCUAAAGCAAUGGGGACACUGGAACGGUGGUCGUCAAGAGGGCUACACCGUUUACCAGCACCGUACCGGACUCGGCGCUAUCUUUGUCGAGAAUAUUACCAGACGAUUCGGACCAUACUGGGCUCAGGUGGCUCAGGCGCAGUACCAGCUUGAUAACCACAUCGAUACGCUCCGGUAUGUUUAUUUCAUCAACGUUCAGAACCUGUGUACCUGGCCCUACGUGGAAAGCCGUCUCUACCCUCGUCGUGGCUUGCACUGGUUUGACAACUAUGAGCCCCAGUGCUGGACAUACGGUACUAGGGAGUAUCAGGAGCUCCUAGGUACGAAGCUGGGGAGGGGGGUGGCUCGUUUGGUUCUGGGGGCUUGGCCGAGAGGUACGCAUCGCAUUGACACCAUUUAUACGUGGACCUUUAUCGGAAACCUGCAGAUGAGAUUUGAUAUUAAGCAAAUUUGA